AUGAGCUACGGCCGCCCGCCCCCCGACGUGGAGGGCAUGACCUCUCUCAAGGUGGACAACCUGACUUACCGCACCUCACCCGACACGCUGCGGCGCGUUUUCGAGAAGUACGGGCGCGUCGGCGACGUGUACAUCCCACGGGACCGCUACACCAAGGAGUCCCGCGGCUUCGCCUUCGUGCGCUUUCACGACAAGCGCGACGCUGAGGACGCCAUGGACGCCAUGGACGGCCGAUCACGAAGCCGCAGCCGCUCCCGCUCCCGGAGCCGCUCCCGCUACAGCCGCUCCAAGUCUCGGUCUCGCACGCGCUCCCGAUCGCGCUCCACGUCCAAGUCCAGAUCGGCGCGCAGGUCCAAGUCUAAGUCGUCGUCGGUGUCCAGGUCGCGCUCGCGCUCCAGGUCCCGGUCCAGGUCGCGGAGUCCGCCGCCCGUGUCCAAGAGGGAGUCCAAGUCUAGAUCGCGAUCCAAGAGUCCACCCAAGUCCCCGGAAGAGGAAGGAGCAGUGUCCUCUUAA